AUGUCAUACUACACCCCCCUCUCCACCACCACUGACCAAGGCAAGACCACCACCAUCGCCGGCUGGACCAUCACCACGCACAAGCUGCCUAUCCUCAAGUCCGGCGAGAUUGAUGCCAUGACACAGACGCUCGGCAUCGCACCGCCCGAGAUGAUCUUUGGCCACAACGGCGUGCGCAUCGCGCACGACGCCAGCGGGUGGGGGGUCACGUUCAAUGCGCUCGACGCACUCCGCGGCGUCGACAAGACGGGCGAGAGCAUGCUGAAGGUUGCAUACAGCGAGAGCUGGACAAAGAUGAGGGAGCGCGUGCAUGAGGAUAUCAGGGAGGUGGUGAAGCCGUUUGAUUGGACGUACACCACGGCUUAUAGGGGGAGCGUGCCGGAGACCGCAACCCCGCAAUUCGCGCCAACAGAGGAGAUGAUACCCUUCGAGCGUCUCAAGCGGCCGGACCCCAUCCUGCUGUUUGACGAGAUUGUGCUGUACGAGGACGAGCUGGCGGACAACGGCAUCGCCAUCCUAAGCGUCAAGAUCCGCGUGCACCCCGAGCGCCUCUUUGUGCUCUCGCGCUUCUACCUUCGGCUCGACGGCGUGCUAGUACGUGUACGCGACACGAGGGUGUUUGUCGAGUUUGCGACGGGAGAGGUGCUGAGGGAGUAUCAGGCGAGGGAGGAGACGUAUGCGAAUGUGCGGAAUAAAAUGUAUGGGCGCUCGCCGGAGGAGGUGCCGGGAUUGAUGAGGGAUCCGCAGUACGUGUGCGAGUUGACGCCUAUAGUGGAGACCAUCAGGGAGAAGGCAGUUAUCGGCGGCGCCGCUGCUGCUUCCUCUGCGAGCGGGUAG